AUGACCAUCACGUUCGUGCCUGGAGAAGCCUGCAAGGCCACAACCACUCUCGUUCAGGGCACCUGGAAGUCCCAUCAUGUGGUCGUCUACGGUUCGGGAAACAAUUUGAUCAUUUCAGUUGGCAGCUCCUCCUCCAACCAGCCCCGCCAUUUGCAGACAAUAUACCUCCCAGCUGACCCCAGAGCUAUUGCUAUCAAUGCCCACGGAGUCAUUGCCGUAGCUGUGCUCCGCAAAAUCGUCGUUUUUACCCCGAAUCACUACGUUUCAAGGCCCCAAUGGGUGCACUCGCUUGAAGUGGAUCACGACUCGGAGCCCACUGCGUUGCAGUGGGCUGUUCUGGAGGACGAAUUGGCAGUGGGGUCGCUCGCAUCAGUGUCAUUGUACUCCUUGUACGAAGAGUACGGAAGGAACUAUUUGGUACAAAGAUGGAACGUUCAGCAGGCCAACCCUGUGACUCUGAUCUGGAUCGCCAGAAAGGCAGACAAAAUCUUGACCACCAGUGGCAGCUACGAUCGCUUGGUCAAGGUGUGGACGCGUGUCAGCUACGGCGACAAUACCGCGUUUGAGCUUGCAUUCUUGGACCAUCCCAAGGGCACAUUUGUGGUGGACUGCCACCUCCGAGUCCACGACAACAAGCCGGAAACAGGCGCCAAGAGCCUCGAUGGCUCGAUCGCCAACAUCAAGAAUAUACGUGGAUACAUCGACACGGACGACGACGACAACCAGAUCGUGUACACUGUGUCCAACACCAACGUGUUCCAGGUAUGGGCGUCGUUCGAGUACAGCGGACACUCCCAUAUCCGCUCGUGGGCCCAGAUCGACUUGUCGGGGGUUUUUGGCGAGGAAGUUGCAUCUGUAGUGGUAGUUGAAAACCAUUUUAUCCGUGACUACGUCUCACAAUACUCGGACCACUGCGACGACCUGGAUCUCCUCUUGGUCGUAUCCUCCCACGGUAGGGUCGCUGCCUUUACCAUUUCGAACAUCUCCUACAAUCCUCCCAACAAUAUCAAAAUCGAACGCAUUGGCGAUACCCUCUUCGAGUUUGGCGAAAAAGCGUUUCCCACCCCUCUCCGCCUGUCCCAGCUCCCUGAAGUCCUCCACGACUCCGAGUUCUACAAUUCCGAGCAGUUCCUCGUCAACAUAAAAAAGCCCAUCAGUAUCCUGGACAUUACUUUGUUGAAUCCAGGCUCCACCAAGUCCAAGUUAGCCAUUCUCAUCCACGACCGCAUUAAAAAUACAAUAAGAUUGGACUCCUUCAGCAUUGCUCAGUUCUUCGUGCCUAGGGAAAAACUGGCACCGUUUGCAAGCUUGUUAGAUAAAUUCCAGGGCCACACUAAGUCGAUCCGAAAACUUGUCAAAUCGUCAGACGACUCCAUCCUCCUCUCGAUCUCGAACUUUGCAUCCCACAACUAUGUCUGGGAGCCCAUUUUUCUCGAUGAUUCCAGCACCAGAAGAAUGACCAUCACCAAAAGAUAUCGCAUCGAUGUUAGCAUCGAUAAUGACGAAGACAAUGCUAUUUUGGACGCACUCAUAAUCAGUAACGUCAACAGAUCACCUGAAACACGACAUGUGGUGGUAACUUUGCAGAAGGGUGGGUUUAUCAGUUUGUGGGACUGCAAUAGCCAGUUUGCCGACCAAUCUGCUGGUUUGAUCAAGAGACUAAAGGUUGAUUCGAUUCAAGAGCCCAAAGCGUUCGUCUUGACCGAAUUGCCAUCUUCCAGCGACCAACGCAACUACUGUGUGGUUGCUAUUUAUGAAAGCGACCUGGUAGCUUCCUGGAAAAUCCUGCUUGAGUACUCGAAUGGCCAGGUCCUGAACAUUGACAUUGCUGCAGUACCAAUCGAGCCACUCCCCCAGCAAGAACAGAUCCACCAAAUCGAAAGCAUUGACGUCUUCCUCGCUCAGCCGGAAAAGAACCUCGUAUCGGUGAUCAAUACUGCUGGGUAUCUCAGAAUCUACGCUUUGGAUGCUAGCAAACAGGGAGAGAAACUCAAAUGGAAACUCACCUCUGAAAUACACACUAACGUGGUCAAUGCAAGCAAAAUACAAGGCACAGCCGUAAUGAACAAAUUGGCGAUUGUGGAUGAGUCUGGCCUCACGCUUACCAUAUGGGAUAUCAAGUCUGGGGUUUUGGAGUAUCAAGAGACUUUCCCCAAAGAGUAUGGCACAGUCCGGGACUUGGACUGGACUUUCAUCAAUGCAAGCAACGAGAGACAUAUGUCCAAUACCAUUUUCUCAGUGGGUUUUGGCAGGUUUGUUUUGUUGUAUACACAAUUACGUUAUGAUUACACCAACCACAUUCCUACAUAUGCUGUUUUGAAGAAAAUCGACAUCUCGGACUACACCACUCAUGAAAUCGGUGAUCUGAUCUGGCUCAGCGGUGGCUAUCUUGUUAUUGGAAGUGGAAAUCAAUUUUUCAUUGAUGAUAAGUGGGUCAGGCUAGCAUCGGAAAAAAACACUGCGAUCGAUUCGAUCAUAAGACAAUUGAUGACAGGGUACACCAAAACGGGUGUAUCUUAUGAUGAAAAGAUAGAAGAUGAUGGUGCUGGUUACCAACGGAUUAAUAAGUCCACAGACGAUUUGAUUUAUGACAUCGGACAUUUGGCAAAGAUUUUGAAUGGCCCUUUGCCAGUGUAUCAUCCCCAAUUUUUGAUCCAGUGCCUCUUUAUGAAUCAGGUCAAGCUUGUACAGGAUAUUUUGGUGAAGUUGUUUCAAAAUAUCAGAAAGGGUGAGCACAUCUCGUGGGACUUAGGUCUCGAUAUGGUAGAUGAAAUAUUGAAGUGCCAAUUUCUGACCAACCAAGAGCCAAUCACUGGUACAAAUACCCCCAGGGUAGACUUAGUUCACGAGUCUCUUUCCAACCUGUCUCGGGGAUGGGACUUGUUCGACAAAUUCAACUCGGAGUUGGCAGAUUUGUUAAUUGAUAAGUUGAUGAAGAUUUCUCUUCCAUUAUUGACAAGACACCAACAGAGCACGCUUGUGACCAUUGUCACCAUUGCCAAGACGUUGAAGAAACAUGCUUUGUCGUUGGACAGGAACGGAAUCCGGUUUCUCAUAGGGUUCAAGUUGUUUCAAAUGUCCUCCAAGCAACCUAAACUCUCCAUGAGAGAUAUCAACUGGGCGUUACACAGCGAUAACAAGGAAAUGCUCUUGAGCUUGGUGGAGGAUCAUUAUAAACACCGUAUGACCUGGGAUAAUGUAAGACAAACCGGGUUGGUUUACUGGGUUGAAACCCCGCGGUUGGUCAAGAUCAUGGAGGGAGUGGCCAGAAACGAAUUUAGUGAAGAAAGAGAUCCUUCAGGAAGAGCCUCUUUGAUCUACUUGGCGUUGAGGAAGAAACAUAUUUUGAUUGGAUUGUGGAAGACCGUGAGCCAUCCCGACCAGGCCAAGAUGAUCAAAUUCUUGAAUAAUGACUUUAACGAGCCCAGAUGGAGAUCCGCAGCCUUGAAGAAUGCAUUUGUGUUGCUCGGCAAGCAUCGGUACUUGGAUGCUGCAUGCUUCUUUUUGUUGGGGAAUUCAGUCAAGGACUGCUGCCUGACUUUGGCCAACAAGGUCAACGAUAGGGCAUUGGCGAUAGCUGUUUCCAAGAUAUCGAAUGGUGGAGAAGGCGUCGAUGUGAGUUUGUUGGGGGUCAUCGAGAACUUCAUUAUUCCAGAUUCUAUUGAGAGUGGAGAUAGAUGGACUACCAGCUGGAUAUUCUGGCAAAUGGGCUUGAAAGAAUGCUCGAUCCAGGCGUUGAUCAGAACACCCUUAGAAAUUAUUAAGGAGAACCGGGAACAGUUUUCUGAGCUAUGUAACAAGAAUUACAUUGACAAAGCCACGGCUUCCGCAAAGGGCCAAAGUUUCUUGAAAGACGACCCUGUGUUGAUUAUCUUGUUCAAUGAGUUGAGGAACCAGAAGAUCAACUACUUGAAGGGCUCGUUGACUAUCAGUACCCUCGAGGAGUCUCAAUUUUUACUCAAGGUGUGUAUGAUAUACACGCGGAUGGGUUGUGAUUACCUUUCCAUUUUAUUGCUCAAGAACUGGACUUUCAAUCAUGGUGCUGGAACGAUGAGUGAAUGGAACGAGCGAAAGACUGUCUUCCAGAGGGAAGAGACUGUUCGCCAGAAGAAGGUCAAACAAGAGAAGGAAGCUCCGCCAGCCAGUGUGUUUGAAGAGCCGGAUAUGAGUGCGUUUGACUUUGGAUUCUAG